UUAAAUAACCGUCGACCAUAACCUUUCUCAAAAAUUAAAACAACUAAUCAUUCAUAUUUUUGUAAAAAUACAAUAAAUAUAUUAAUAUGUUUGCUAUGACUGCGAGGCUGGCGUUCAUCGCUCGUGGAUUUGCAACCACUGCUAAAGAUAUUCCCAAUUUAGUCAAACAAAACAAAGUUGUGGUAUUUAUGAAAGGCGUACCUGAAGAACCUAGAUGUGGAUUCAGUAAUGCUGUUGUACAAAUAUUCCGUAUGCAUGGCGUUAAAUAUGACGCACACGACGUACUUGCUAGCGACGAACUCAGACAAGGUAUCAAAGACUUUUCAAAUUGGCCGACAAUACCACAAGUUUUCAUAAAUGGAGAAUUUGUUGGCGGGUGUGACAUAUUACUCCAGAUGCAUCAAAGUGGUGAAUUAAUAAAAGAGUUGGAAAAAGCUGGCAUAACAAGUGCUCUUUCAAAUAUAGAUAAUGCAGGCGAUUCUUCAAAGAAAUAAUCGAAAUAAAUCCCAUUUUUCAACAGGCUUGUACAUAAUUUCCGAUAUUAUAAACUAGUCUCAUUUUGUUUAUAAAAAAAAAAAAAAAAAUAAUUAAAUAAAUAAAAAAUAAAUUCAAACAGA